UCAACAGGACCUACCACCAGUGAGUAGCAGAACAAUGGUGGGAGACCUGACUGGAAUGCCACUAUUUUUCGGCUCAGCCAUCUAUGCAUUUGAAGGAAUCGGCGUGGUCCUGCCGCUGGAGAACAAGAUGAAGUCGCCGGAGGACUUUGCUGGACUGACAGGCGUGCUGAACACGAGCAUGACGCUCGUCGCUGCCAUGUACAUCAUGGUCGGCUUCUACGGCUACCUCAAGUACGGCGACGACGUGCUUGGCAGCAUCACGCUCAACCUUCCCCACGAGCCGUGAGUGUCGCGCUAACGA